UUUGGGAUGAUUUGUUGCAGUAAACUUCCAGUCGGUGUGUAAACUGCGGCAGCUUUAAAGCCUGCAGCCCCGCCCCUCGGCACUAUCACAUGAAUGUGAACGCUUGAUGUGAAGGAAAAAAAAAGUUUAGAAGUUUCGCUGAGAGCUUCUUUCUGCAGCCAGUCAACUUCGGUGGGGGAGAAAGGGAAAAAAAAAAAAUCUCUGGGCGAUUUUUAUUCCAAAAUUUGCGUCGGAAAUCCCUGUCUGCUGUGAGUUGCCGUGAUUUUUCUUCUUCUUCUUCUUCUUCUUCAGAAGCAGCAGAGAAGAAAACGGUCUGCCUGCCUGAAGAUUUGUUUAGACGCUAAAGUUUGGCGACAUGGACGCGCACCACGGCGCGCCCCCGGCCGGGCAGCAGGUCGUGCACGUCCGCGGGGAUUCGCAGACAGAGCUGGAGGCCCUCUUUAACGCCGUGAUGAACCCCAGCCAGUCGUCCAGACUGCCAGCCUCGGUCCCCAUGAGGAUGAGGAAGCUGCCGGACUCCUUCUUCAAGCAGCCCGAGGGCCCACGGGGCCACUCCAGACAGGCCAGUUCAGAUGGAGGCGUCUGCGGUUCUCUCACGCCACAUCACGUCCGCGCCCAUUCCUCCCCUGCCUCCCUCCCAGUCAAUUCCCUCUCCACUCAAGCAGCAGAUGCAUCAGCAGCACCCAUCAUACCUGAUGAUGUGCCACUCCCCCAUGGCUGGGAAAUGGCCAAAACUGCUACUGGGCAGCGUUACUUCCUCAAUCACCUGGAUAAAACGACCACUUGGCAUGACCCUCGCCUUUCGCAGCUUCAGUCGGCUGCAGCUCAACAUCCUAUCUCAAAUACUCCAGUUCACUCCCUCACCAGCACCGCACCUCCUGCACAACAACAAUCCAUCAACCCAGAAACAGGUCCGCUGCCUGAAGGCUGGGAGCAGGCUGUGACUGCAGAGGGAGAGGUGUACUACAUCGAUCACAUAAAUAAGACCACCACAUGGGUCGACCCGCGUCUAGGCCAGAAGAUAAACCCUGCCAUUAUUGGAAUGGCAUUACAGCAAAGGCAGGAGAAGGAAAGGCUCCGGUGCAAACAGCAGGGCCUUCCCAAGCAAAUGACACCACAGGAUGCAGGAGGAAGGAACCAGAUUCCUGGUGUCAUGGACCACGAUAGAAGCACACAAACUGUUGUCCCAUCUCUUGAUGUCAGGAUCAGAACCUCAAGCCUGGAGCCUACACUUAAUGGUGCUCACUCUCGCAAUGAGAGCACUGACAGUGGAUUGAGCGUCAGCAGCUUGCCGCGCACGUCAGACCACCUAAUGAGCUCUGUGGAUCACAUGGACACUGGUGAUGUUGGAGAGAACCCAUCAGUGUCUUUACAGGAGACCAUGCCUGUACUCCCGAUGUCUGAAGGGGAUGAGCUAAUGCCCUGCAUCCCUGAGGGUCUAAGUUCAGACCUUCUGAUGGACAUGGAGACCGUUCUGUCCAGCUCACAUAUGGACAAAGACAGCCUGCUCACCUGGCUAUAGAUGCACCCACAUAUGGUUUGAGAUCAAGAAUUCAAAACAAGAUUCAGAUUUCUGAAGGAUUCACUACAACAAAAGCGGUUCAGAGAAACUUUGCUGGGAUACCUGUGAUGGAUGUCUAACACUACUCCAACUAUGACUGACUAAAUAAUGUGACUCACUGAUGGUAGUAAGAAGAUGGUGUUUUCCCUUUUGGCCUGGUUUUACAGGAACGGAACAUCCACACUUGUUUCUCUUUAGUUAUCAGGAAAAGCUCCCACACUGCCCUGGGAAAGUGCAUCAUUGAGUAGUUUAGAGGACAGAAUUCUUUUAUUGUCCACACUUGUGUGAUACUUUUUUCAGUAAAUUGCUACCAAGUGAAGGUUGUGUUUGUAAAGUCUACAUAUAAGGGCUAUAUAAUGAAUAGAAAACCUUUAAAAUAAUAAUGUAUUUAACACUAAGAAGUAUAUUCUUCACGUGCUUUGCAGUUACAAACUCAUACUUUGGCUCAUCUCUAAGAUAAAACACAUGCAUAUAUUGCAACUACCUCUCAACAUCCUGUAGAUAAAUGUGAGGAAGGUAGGAAUUGUCCAAGUGUAGAGGGACUCCCUUCUGAUUAACAUGUUUGAGGGCAGUAGAGCCAUGAUUUUUGUGCUCAUGUUGGCAAUUGAAAGUCAAAUUGUAUAUAAAGAGGUGGAAAUCUUUAUACGCAGUCUACGGUCAGUGGAGGAGAUAAGUCAAAGAAUUUCAGAUUUGAUUGAUAUGUAGUGCAUGGGUUCUGCAGAAGUAAUAAGUCCUAAUGGUGUUUAAAAAAAAAAAAACACCUUAAAACAGAAACACCGGCUGGAUCUUUGUUCUGGGUUGUUACCUCUGCUGCCUUUUGUUAACUCGCAAUUGUAGGUGAUGAGGGCAGAGGGUUUUGUUUAGAAAUUUCUGAGCCUUUUCUCUUUGAUAGACCUAAUAAGAUGAUUUGGCUUCUUCAUAGUCAACUGUAGGAUGUGUCAGUGAUGUGUUCUGACCUCAAGCUUCGGUGUUUGCAUGUGUUGGGUGUUUAAAAGGGUCGUGGAGCCCAUUAGGUCUGCAUCUUGAGAGGCUUAUUGAGGAAUUGGAGUGUCUAGACUUGUGACUGUCCUGGAUUAUGACCACGUUCUAAGCUAUCAAUAACUCAUUAGACUCAGCCAUCAGAAGAGUGCAGCGAGAGUGCUGAACUCUGGAGAGGUUCACUUACCUGGACCGUAACAACCAUGCUCCCCCCACCCAGUGUAUGAAAGAUGAAAAGUUGAAAUCUUCCCAUCCUGUUUAUUACAUUAAUGGUAAUUUAUGACAUUCACUGAAUAACAUUCACAAGAGAUUUUGAGAUACUAGAACAAGCAAGAUUGAAAAGUGGCAGUCAUAUGUGCACCAGGUUAGCAGUGUAUUUGUGUUGUUUUACUGACUACAUUGUCUGUCUGCAUGUUGAUUUGUCACAGAUUUUAUGCUGUGGAUGCAACUAUUGCAAAUUCCAAAUUUUUAUUUCUAGUAUAUUACUAUUUUAAAGUUCUCAAAUUCAUACAGAAUUCGUCUCAAUAACAUUCUAAAUAUAUGGUCAAGUUGCUCAGUUUCAGUAAGCUCAAAUCGGAUUCAAAAUUUAAAUCAUUAAAAUUCAGAUCUGGACAUACAUAUAGGGGUAUGUGAAUUCUCUAUCUGAAUUAAGAACCCUAAAAUGAAUGUAUGUUGGAAAUAAAGGUUUUGGAAUUGCACAUUUUGACUAUUGAAAAUUUCCCAAAAUUAAAUUUAAAAGUGCGUAAAUACCAGCAGCAGCAUUUGCUGUCAAACCUUUCCCGACCUUAGUUUGUGACAGUGUUUGGAAGAUUGAUGUAUGUUGACAACUGGAUAAAAAAAGCUGAUUGAACUCACAAAAAGCUUGCAAUAGCCUCAAGUAUUUAAAAAAACUCAUAAGCUAGAAAACAGUAUUAAAAUCCACAAGCGUUAUUACAAAGAUUAGUAAAAUACUGUGGGCCUAUAUGUAUGUAAAAGCUGAAGAGAAACUGACAAAAACUUUAAUGGAGAAUGAUUGAAAAUAUAACAGUCUUGGCAUUGGCCGUUAGUGCAGUAUGCUUUAUUAGUAGGAUCUCUUUCUGAAAACACUGCACCUGAGCAUUUGUAUCCAAGAAAAACAUAAAAUGGUAAAAUGCAAUUCAGUAACCAAACAAAUGACACCAGUUUUUAAAAAUGUAACUAAAUGUUGGCUCAUGUUUGUUUUUGUUUUUUUCUUUUUUGUUAUUGUGUGUGUUGCAAUAGAUUUAGUCUGCUGAUUUUGUCUAGUCUUUGUUUCCUGUGACAAGUUAAUACAGUAUAAGGUUCACAACGGUGUUGUGUUAUUUUGUUGGGCAGCAAUUUAUUUUAAAGUUGUGAUACUGUUGUGUCCAGACCCUCAAUCACACAGGAUACAGUCGCACUAUCCAUCACAUUUUUUUAAAGUAGCCACAAGAAGAGAACUUUUCUGUUCUGCGUACCAAACACUUGAAGUACUUUCUCACCAUCAGUGAUAAUUCUUCUCUCCUAUCUUGGGCAUGAGGCAUUGUGGCCAAAUAUAAUUCUUAAAAUCCCAUCCAACAUUCAGGCAACCUUUUGAUGAACUGGUGUUAGGUUUCCUCUACAGGCUUCAUAAAUUUGCGUUGUACUUAUAACGCUAUUGAAUUUCCUUCUUUACAUGCUCAAAUUAUACAUUGAAUUGCCAAGUAUUUCUUGCCCCUUCUAUAAAUCUGUCACUGCCUGAAUCAUUAAGGUUCCAGUUCAUAAACUUGUUACUUGUCUGCCUUUUUGGUGUAUAAUGUUCAGUUUUCAAAUGGAAAUCUUCCUUGACUCUGAUGUAACCCCUGUAAGUCAGAAUCUGGACAUAGAGCUAAAAACCAUGUUGUGCCUUGUAAGAAAAGAAACUGUGUGCUAAUUAUGGAUGCUGUGUUUUUGCUGUAUUUUGUUCAAACCAUAUGUUCUGUUUGUUCUAAAACUGGUGCUGCAACCUUCUGUUACAUACAGGAUGAAAUGCAGUCAUCGGUAUUUGGAGCACUAAGCUGUCUUGAGUCUAUAAUCAAAUUUUAAUGUGUUGUGUUGUUACUGCGGUGUGUCUUAAAUAACGAGUAUCUGAAUUUGAAGCUGUUAAUUGAAAGAUACCCUGUUCCAGUAAUUCCAAUAACUACAGCACAAAAAAGGGUGAAGACUAUUCCUUCCCAAGAACCAUGUCACCAAUUUUUAAUCAUAAAAUAUUGUCUAAUGAUUUUUUUAAAUUAUUAUUAUUGCUUUCUCACCUAAUGAAACACUACCUAACCUGUUUUUCAUGCAUGUACUGUUUGUUACAUACAGUAUGAUGUUGGCUUUGUUUUUUACAGUGUAUUUGGAAGUAUUCAAAACUUUUUUAUUCUUUUUAUGCAUGUGCUUUAUAUAAUAUAUUUUACUAUACUCAUUUUCAUGUUCAAUAAACAUAUUAAAAUAUUA